GUGAGAACGGCGCCGUACCCUUCCUUGCUUGACUAUUCACGCGUUUGUUUUUCAACUCAAACUUGAGAUUCAGAUUUCUCUUUGCCUCAGAUCAAAUAUCAGAAGAACACCUUGAUUUGACUGAACAAUCUGUGUGCAUCCGGCUCUAAAUCUGGACUGCUUUCCCCGCACCCAAGGGUGUUAUCGAAUCUCUACUUUCGAUCGCUCCGCCAUGACCUCACAGGUAGAGACCGGUGUCUUCCAAACCAUCGAGACGGUCAACAAAGACGAGCUCAUCAUCAGAGAUAAACUCUAUGGCGAGCACAUCAUCACUGAGCCUGUGUUGAUCGAUCUCCUCCAAAGCGUCGAGCUGUCGCGUCUCAAAGGUGUCUGUCAACAUGGCGUAACGGCUCUCCUUGGUUUUGGCCCACGAGUCACCCGCUUCGAGCACUCUGUCGGUGCAUUCUUGCUGGUCCGCAAGGUCGGCGCAAGCGUUGAAGAGCAGGUAGCUGCUCUUCUCCAUGAUAUCAGCCACACGAGUCUCAGUCACGUUGUCGACUACGCACUGUCUCAGCCCGGGGAAGAUAGUUACCACGAGGUUCACAAGUCUCGAUAUCUAAAGACCACUCAACUACCCAAAAUCCUCACCCGGCAUGGUUUUGGAGACCUCAAAGCUCUUGACGAGGAACUCUUCCCGCUCGUCGAACAGCCAUCACCCCAUUUAUGUGCCGACCGGCUGGACUACUCGCUUCGUGAUGCGCUGGCCUUUGACAAAUUCAGUCUCAAAUACAUCCAGGAAGUCUUUCAUUCAUUGAAAGCGGUUCCUCAUUCCACAUCUCCCAAUCGCAUUCUUGCUUUGGAGGACCCCCAGCUUGCUUUAGCACUUGCUCGGUCAUACUUGGCCACCGAUCGAGACGUCUGGUCAAACCGAUCACAUGCAAACAUUUACAAGAGAACCGGCCGAGUGAUCAAGGAGCUGGUCCAAUCUGGGCGUGUGAAGGAAGAGGCACUCUGGAACCUGUCCGAUGAGGAUUUCUGGGCAUUGCUGCGUCGGGACGCACCCCCAGCGAUCUUGCGUGAACUGGACAAGCUCGAAACGGAAGGUCUACCUGACGAGAACACACUGCAACUUCCUCGAGAGACAAAGAUUCGGACGCUUGAUCCAGAUAUUUGUCAGGAGGCUCAAGCGGAGCCCUUGCCUUUGUCGGUCGUUCUCCCUGAAUGGGCUGCAGAGCGCCAGCAGUACAUUGUUAGCCGUGAAUCCACGCGAGAAUAAGGCUUGCACAAUGAUCUAUUCAACAUUCAUGGCUGAAGGUACUGCGUUUUGCGAAGAAAUUACGAAAACAAAAUUACCGAGAGGACGACAAGGAGGAUCGAAAUGCUUUCGUGAAGACAAAUCCAAUUGCUCUGGUUCUACCUACGUUAAUAGGUAAAGGCAGCCUAGAAGUGUUCAUGUCUUUUAGUGAUUAGAUCAAAAAUCACGUCCUUGAUGAUAACAUGAAUUACUCAUUAGCCCGCAAAUAUUUCCAACUUUAUGUCCAUGCCACCUGUAGCAAUGAUGCACAUUUGCUCUAUCACCUUCUUCGAUCUACUUGUUUGUGCAUCUUUGAGAAUCUGAACCACCCCCGUCUGCCCAUACUCCACGACGCAGCGCAUCGAAGUGCGGCCACUGCUAUCAUGCGCAAGAUAUCUAGUCCACGUUCUCGAAGCCGCCGGACCAUAGACUCGCUACCCGACCACGCUGCCAUAUGUAAUGCUUUACAGCCAUCAACAUCCACA